CUCAGGAUUUUGUUUACUUCCGGGUUAAAAGGGUUGGACGUGUUUAGCCGGGCAUGGCCAGCAAGAAAACGAUGUUUUUCUUUCUACGCCAUUCAUUGUAGAUUUUUGGUUCCGCCUUUCACGUUUGCUUUUUUCCUGUAAUCAUUGUGUUUUUCUUAUCCAAAAAACAUCAUGUAUUUCCCGUCUUUGACUACGAUCUUGCUGGGUUUGGGGAUCGCCUAUGUUGGUCACUCCGUGUGGACCAUGUUUGACUUGUUCUACCCAACACCGUGCGACCCGGCUGUCUCCUCCUGUAUAAAACCUUUCCUGGCGAGGAAUCCAAAACUAGAGUUGAGCAUGUUCACAUCCCCCCGGGGUAAGGGAGCGACCAGUAGUUCUAUGGACCUGGUCUGGAAGUUUGACAACUUCACUGUUGGAGCCAAGGAACAAAGAAACUUCAACAUCAGUCUACCAAAGAAGACCAGAAACAACGGGACGUUCUUCGUGCACAUUUUCCUGUACCCACAGGGGGAGUCGCCCUUCGGAAACUCGCGGUCGGUGUACCAGUUUUCACCGCUGACUCAGUACAGCAUACCCGAGGCAGAGAGCUUCAACCUGCUCGGGGACAAAAACAAGACUAGCUCUGGCCACUCCCCCGACGUGCCCAUCACCCACUGGAAGAGUAAGCUAGCUGUGAAUGUGAUGGAGGACACUCUACUGCUGGACCGCUACAGUGUACCUGGUGACCUCUACAGGCUCAUCAGGCUGUCCCCAGAAGGAGACUACCUCCCUCUGCUCUACAUCGAUGAACUUGGACAAAGAUUAAAGGACCUUAAACCUGUGUCCAAGGAAAGUCGACAGAUGACCUUGGAAGUGACCUAUUCGCCCAUCUCUGUAGGUCGUCUGCGUCUCUACUCUAACUUACAACAGUCUAUUCAACACCUACAUACAAUGGGUUUUACAGAGAAGGAUACUGAUGAGUUGGUGGGAAUCUUUGCUGACACCAACUUCUACUUUCUGGCUGCUACAGUAGCUGUGUCCAUGUUACAUCUUCUGUUUGACUUCCUGGCUUUUAAGAAUGACAUCAGCUUCUGGAGGAAUAAGGACACGAUGGAGGGACUGUCCACUAGAGCAGUUGUUUGGCGCUGUGUAAGUCAGAUCAUCAUCUUCCUGUACCUGAUGGAUGAACAGACAAGUCUGUUGGUGCUCAUACCGACUGGGAUUGGUACUCUAAUAGAGGUCUGGAAGGUUAAAAAGGCCUUCAAGGUCAUCAUAACUUGGAAUGGCAGAAAACCAUCCUUCCAGUUGGGGGCUGUCUCUAAAAAAGAACAAGAAACAGCAGAAUUUGACUCCAAGGCCAUGCAGUAUCUAUCGUAUGUCCUGUACCCGCUGUGUGUGGCCGGUGCAGUCUACUCUCUGCUGUAUACACCACACAAAAGCUGGUAUUCCUGGGUUGUUCGGAACCUUGUUAACGGUGUGUACGCCUUUGGGUUCCUCUUCAUGCUGCCACAGCUGUUUGUGAACUACAAGUUGAAAUCUGUAGCCCAUCUACCAUGGAGAGCCUUCAUGUACAAGGCCUUCAAUACUUUCAUAGAUGACAUCUUCGCCUUCAUCAUCACCAUGCCAACGGCUCACAGAAUGGCCUGUUUCCGUGACGAUGUCGUGUUUGGAGUCUACCUGUACCAAAGAUGGCUCUAUCCCGUGGACAAAACCAGGGUCAACGAGUACGGACAGUCCUUCACUGAAGAUGAGAAGAAGACCAAUUGAUGAAAAUAUUAUAAUUGCCAGAGAAGUAUUAUUUCAUAGGCACAGGACCAUUCUUAAGAGAUAAUCACAAAACUAUAGUGUUACAUUGAAUAGUAUAGGGAACUGAUAGUUUUUAGUACAAGUACAACUCAAGAUACUAGAACUUGCAUGAUUGUCAGGUUAAGUCUAUUAAGAACAUUCCAUGUGAAUUGUAAUGUGUCAGUUGUACAGAGUUGUUGGCAUUGUGCAAUAUGUUUGCAGUUAAUCUAAGGGUGUAGGAAAAAUACUGCAGUGCAAAUAGGUUUUGAUACACAAAAUUUGCAACUAGGGCUGUGUACUUUAAUAUUCGUACCUGCAGUGUACCUGUAAAAUUGUUACAGGUCCGGACCUAAACAUCUGUUUACCAGUACCUGUACCUAAACUAUUGCACAUUCAAGUGGACACCGCUUUGUAAGACUACAGAUAGGUAAAUCCAGAAUCAACAAUGAAAAUUUUGAUAAUCUUGCAGUUGAAAACUAAGGAAAUUUCAUUUUGAGACUCAAAUAAUUAUCUAAUUCUUCAUUCAAAGAUGAUACUUUAUGAUUGAUGACUUGUUUAGGUACAUGUUCAGUCAGGGCCUGCACCUAAACCCCUGUACCUGUACCUAAAAUUUGUUUAGGUACACAGCUGUAUUUGCAACAGUAAAAGUUUUAAUCAGUCAUUAUCAGCACUUACAUGUACUACAUUUUCCUUCAAAACUACUCGUCAGGAUUAAACUUCCGAAAGGUAUCUACUUGUUAGAAUGCAUGUCUGUUUUUUAUAACGAUCUGAAGCAUUCCAGAAUAAAGGUAAUCCUGAUCCUUUUUACCUA